GACAGACUGUAAUUAAUUGGUUUAUAUCUUUCAGGUGAGAGAUAAAGAAUUCAAGCCAACAGUGGCUUGGCUCGACAACUUUAUGCGUCGCUUUUGUUUAUCUAAGAAGAACAUGGGAUUUCAUAGCCUUGCUAUGUUGAAAACUAAGCCUGUACAGAAGACAAAUCCAACAGAAGCUGCAUCAGCUGAUAAGGGGGUUACACAGGAGGAAGUGUUUUCUGCUCUUGGUUUCCCUAAAGACUUCACUGGUUUUAGGGAGAAUCUCGAGCAAGGCAUAGAAAAUGGGGCCUCAGCAGGGUCUUCUGCUAGUGGGAAGCCAACUGGUACUGAAAAUGGUGUAACUGAGGUCAUUAGUAAACAAGAAAGUGAUGUAGGUCAGAAUACAGUAGAUCCAUUGGUUUUGAGUGAUUGUGAAACCAGUGCACAACACAAGAGUGAUAUAAACUCAAGCAAUGAUGAUAAGACAAGCAAUGCUAGUGGUAAAGAUACAAGUGAGAUACAGGAAGAAGAUCCACUUCAUAUUGAGAAUAAUAAAGCUAUGGAAGUAGAUCCCCUUAGUGAAAAUGGGGAGUUAGAUGAGGACCACAGGGAGUGUGAUAAAAAUGAAAAUGGUAAAGAAAAUGAUAACAAGCAGAAAGAGAAAGAAAAUAACACAGAUGUAGAGGAAAGAGGCAAGAUGAAUAAGGAUAACACAAAUGACAGUGAUGGCAGUGAAGAUCCUGAUAAUAUGUCAACCAAUACUUCAAACCAUAAUGAAGGUGGCGUAGAAGAUGAAUUUUCUUCAAAUGAAUUUGGAGACAGUGGAGAUGAGAAUGACUCCAAGAAAAAAAGAAAAAAAAGAGAGGUUACAGAGAAUGAAGAAGAAAAGAAAUCCAAGGAGGAGGAUGAAUGCAUUUUGUAUUUAAAGGAAGAAAAUAAUUACUAUAAGAAAAACUUUGACAAUCUACAAAAACGUCUGACAUCGUCAGUGGUCCGCUGCUCAUCUUGCUUUGAGCAAGUCAAUCAUCAGCUUCCAAGUUUAGUAUACACUCACCCAGUGCUUGGAAUUUUUCUCUGUAAGCGUUGUCGUAAAUAUUAUGGAAUAGGAAAAUUUUGUAAGGAUGAUGAUGGCUAUGACGAGUAUUGCCGACUGUGUGCUGAAGGGGGUGACCUGCUUUGCUGUGAGCAGGAAGGAUGUUUCAAUGGGUUCUGUAAGCGGUGCAUUAAGCGUGUCUGGGUAGGACAGAACUCAAAAGAGAAUGCUGAAAAAUCCAAACACUGGGCCUGCUAUGUGUGUAACAAGUUACCUUUAAUGGAAGUUCGAGCUUUGCACCGAGCAGUCUUACAGAACCUGAAGGAUGAGGAAGAAAAGAAAUCUAAUUUAUCAAGGAAAGAGGUACAGGCCAAAGAAAUUAAAAACAAAUUUGCCUUGCUGAAGAAAGCCCGGGAAGAGAAGCUGAAAGAUGCCCAGACACCAAAAGGGAAGGUUAUAGAGCCUAAAGGAGAGCCUUGGUUGAAAGAUAUAAUUUUUAACCUUACUGACAUGCUUCAGAUUUGUUUUAAUAAUAUAGAAAAGAUUGAAAAUAUUUGGGAAAAGCAUAACUAUUCCGAGGAGGCUACUCAGAAAACUGCAAAUCGUAUUAUGAAACAGCUUGAUGCCAUGCAGCAUAACUUUGUGUUAAUGAAAGAAGAUAUUGCUAAACAAGGGUUACAGUUGGACAUUAGUGAAACUGGCGAAGGUGGUUCGUCUGAAUUUAAUGAAGUAUCAGGAUCAGUAGAUGAUAGCAAGGGACAGCAUCCCAAGAGCAGAGGAGAACAGGGUACUGUGGAGAAAACAGAGGCUGGAAGAAAUAAAGAAAAAUCUCCUUGCAGUGCAACUGAUGAGGUAGUUCAUCAUCCAGGAGGGAAUAACAUAAAAGAAAAUAAUCUAAAUGAAAACUUGGGAAAAGCAAAUGAUAUGCAAGAAAGUAAUGACAAAAAGGAUGAGUGUCUUGAGAAAGAAGGUUCUACAGAUAUUGAAGAAAACAUCAAAGACACUGAAAUGGGAGAAACCAGUAAAGUGAAUGAAAUGAAGGAUGUGGAAGAGACUCAUAUAAAAAGGAGGAAAGGAAGACCAAGAAAGUCAGAUGUGAGUGAGGAGAAAGGCAAUGAGAAAGGAAAUGAAAUUUCUGGUGAAUUUGGUAAUGGAACUGGACAAAAAAAUAAAAGAGGAAGGCCAAGGAAAAUUGCUUCUAUUGAGUCAAAGAGUGCUGAAGAAGAAUCUGACUCUGGAGAAGUAAAAGAACCACAAAGGGAUAAAUUAGAAAAUUUAGAAAAUGAUGGGAAUAGGACUGAAAACACGCCAAAGAGGAGGGGACGGCCGAGCAAAAUAGCUGAGGAGAACCCAGCCUCUAGAGAUAAGACUGAAUUUGAUAAAUCAAGUAAGACUGAGAAGCCACAAAAGUCUCCCAUUGAUAAUGAAGAGUCAGAAGGAUCUCAACCCAUGAGCAGAGAGGACACAGAAGACAGUGAGGUUAACAAUGAUGACAUUAGGCCUCCCCACAUUGACACUAGUUCUAUGGAAGUUGAUAAUGAAUCCAGUAAAGUGCCAGGAUUAUCCAUGGAAUUGAAUGAAAAUGAUGGAGAAGAGGAAAAACCACAAAGGGAUGAAUUAGGUAAGUCAGAUAAUGCUGACAAUAAAGCCAAAAGCACAGAAAAUUCUGGGAAUAGCACAAACAGCAUGCCAAGGAAAAGGGGAAGGCCAAAGAAAGUAGUUGAAGAGAACUUGGCUUCUAGUGAUAGAAAGAUAGAAAAGCAACAAAGCUCUCUCAUUGGUAAUGAAAGUUUGGAAGGUUCACAAUCCAUGAACAGAGAGAAAGUUGAUAAUGAUGAAUCCAGCACAAUGAAUGAUAGUGAAUGUGCCCCAUUAAAUGAAGGAGAAAGUGAGGCACUUGUCAAGGUCAAUGAUGCAAAAAGAUUUUCUGGUAAAAGGAAAGAGGAUACAAGUAAGGCACCCAAGAAUAGUGGUGUAGAAGCUGAAUCUGAAAAUAGUGACGAGAAUACAAGUAAGGCACCCAAGAAUGGUGGUGAAGAAGCUGAAUCUGAAAAUGAUGAUGACAAUGAAGAAGCUAAAGAAAAGCCAAUUGUGGAUACAGUAGAUAUCUUAAAGAAGGUGGAUGAUGAUGAAGAUAGCACCAAGGAUGGAGUAACAGAAAAGGUUAAAACCAGAAGGGCCUCUAAAGUAUCUCUUGGAAGAGGAACCGCAGGGAAACAGGUGGAUGGAAUUUGUGAUGAUAAAGGAGAACCACAAAAUGAAAAUAAUGAGAAAGAAUGUAUGAAGGAUGAAAAAAUGGGCAUUAAAGGUAAUAAGACAGAAAAAAGUGAGAAAGUCAAAGAGGAUGAAGAGGAAAGUAGCGCACCUGAAAUCAAGAAAAAGAAGAGAGAAAAAGGUAUGGUAGAUGUGAAGGAUCUAAAGAAAAAUAGUGAUAAGAAAAGGAAGAGAAAUAGUCAUGGCAGAAGCGUAACAGAUGAGUUGGAACAAGCGUCAAAACAGAGUAAGAAAAAAUCUGAUGAUAGUGGUAGUGAUAGCAGUGAUAGUCUUUUGGGCAUUGGUUCAGAUGAUUCCAUUGAAAGAGUAGAGAAAAGGAGAAAGAAACAUGCCGAUGUCUUUUCAUCUAAGAGUAGAAAGACUGGUAAUGUGAAAAAAAUGUCAGAAAAAGACCGUGAAAUGAAGAAGAAAAAUAAAGCUGCAUUGUCUUCUCUGUUAGCUAGUGAUUCAGAAGAGGAGAGUGACACUGAAGGCAGUAAAGUGAAGGAAAAAGGAAAAGUAAAAUCAGGGAAGAUGAAAACUAAAGUUAGUGAGUCAAGUGACUCGGACAUUUCAGUUGAUGGAUUUAGAAAAAAAGGAAAAAAUAAAAGCAAGAAAUCAGGAUUAAAUGAUAAUGAAAAAGCCAAAGAUGCACUUCUGGAAAGUGAAAGUAGUGAUAAUUUAGAAGACAAGCCAAAACCUAAGUGUAAAAAAAAAAGCAAGCUUUCUAAGGGGUCAAGAGAUAGCGAUGAAGCUCUGAGGUACCGGCGUAGAGGUCAAAAGGUGAAACUAUCAGAGGAAGAAAGAGAGCAACUGAAAAGACAGCAACUGGAGGGCAAAGCUAGCGUGACUGUUGAACGGAUGGCUCCUGAUCUUGAAAAAGCUUUACAGAUAAGUGGUUACAUUGAUAUUGGAGAAUACCCAGACUUGAUUGCCAAACUUGAACAAGAACAGGAUACUUAUGAUGGAGAUGCAGAGGAGGAAGAAUCUGAUCGAGAAUUCUCUAAAUUGAUGAAGUUUGAUGUAAAAACAAAGUUCUGCAAACCAGGUCCCAAGAGCAAGAAGAAGUUUUUAUUACCUGAUGACAGUGAUGAUGAUGACAAUGACGAAGAAAGUGGUGAAGAUGCAUCAACUGAGCAGAAGGGAUAUGAAUCAAAAGGAAAAAAGCCUGCUCAGAAGAAGAAAGAAGGUCUACUAGACAUUGAUAUUGAUCAGGAUCAGGAUCAAGAUGAGGAUGAAGGGGAUGAGGAUAGCUUCUCCAAAAAGAAAAAGAAAGGCGGAAUAACUCUAAAUGAAAAGUUAAAGAAGAACUUACUUUUAAGUUCUGAUGAGGAAGAGGAGGAGGAAGAUGAAGAGGAAAAUGAGGAUGAAAAAUUGGGUGAGCGUGAAAUGGAGGAUAGGGAAAGAAUAAAGCAUGAGAUGCAAAAGACAAGGAAAAAGAAAAAGAAAGAAGAGGGAGAGGAUGCGGAUGAGGAAACUCGUAAAGUCUGCAAAAAGGGCUAUAUGAGAUUGGAUAUAACAUCUGAUGAAGACGAUGAGGAUUUUAAGCCAGAAAAUAAUGAUGACGACAACGAUGAUGAUGAUAUUGACAGUGAUUUUGAAGAAUCCCCUAGGAAACGUCGAACAUUCCAGUUGUCUUCUUCGGAUAGUGACAGUAGCAUAAGUAAAAAGAAAAAGAAAAGGAAAAAAGAAGAGGAGUCCGACUAUGAAUGUGAAGAGGUUGAAGAAGAAACCCCAAAGGGUAAGAGAAAACGUAUCAAAAAGGUCUCCUCAUCUUCAGAUGAAGGAGAAGAAGGCGAAGGUGGAAAAAAGGAGGAGUCCCCCAGUAAGCACAAAAAGAUUAGGCGUGUCAUCCGAGAUGAAGAUCUAAUGGAGUCAACUAAAAAUGCUACACAAGAAGAAGAAGAGAGAAUUAGACGUAUUGCAGAACGUCAAAAGCAGUUUAACCAGAUCUUUGAAAUUGAUGUGGAGUCUGAUCAGAAAGAUUUAGAAAAGCUGGUACUUGAUUUUAAUCCAGACACGAAGAAAGAGUUGGUGUGUGUCAGUGAUAAAUUGGUGAAGCAUUUGAAGCCUCAUCAGGCCAAGGGUGUUAAAUUUAUGUGGGACUCGACCAUCGAAAGUCUUGAAAUGCUUGAAAAAAAACCAGGCAGUGGCUGCAUCCUUGCUCAUUGUAUGGGGCUUGGCAAAACAUUACAGGUCAUCACAUACGUCCACACCUUACUAACUAACAAGAACACAAGUCGAUCAGUGCAACGUGUAAUGGUGUGUUGUCCUGUAAAUACUGUGUACAAUUGGGUGUCAGAAUUCAAUAACUGGUUGAAAGGGAAGAUGUUGUCUUUUGAAGUCUGGGAGCUUGUAUCAGCCAAGGACUUAUGGGGUCGUGCCUACAGAUUAGAUGAUUGGUGGAAGGAAGGUGGGGUGUGUAUCAUGGGUUAUGAUAUGUUCCGAAAUCUCUCAAAUCCCAAGGGCAAGCGAUUCAAGGCUAAAAUGAAGGAAAUCUUCCUGAAGACUUUAGUUGACCCAGGUCCAGAUGUGAUGGUGUGUGAUGAAGGGCACUUGCUGAAGAAUGAGAAAACUGCAUUAUCAAAAGCCAUUAAUAAAAUAAAAACCAUGAGACGUAUUAUUUUGACUGGAACACCACUGCAAAACAAUCUUAAAGAGUAUCAUUGCAUGAUCCAGUUUGUCAAACCAAAUCUCCUUGGAACCAAGAAAGAGUUUAUGAAUAGAUUUGUCAAUCCCAUAGAGCAAGGCCAGUGUGCUGAAGCUGACCAGAGGGAUGUUCGUCGAAUGAAAAGAAGAGCUCACAUUCUCCACAAUCUUUUGGAAGGAUGUGUUCAGCGAUUCGACUACACAGUAUUGAAGCCAUUCCUACCUCCCAAAUUUGAAUAUGUCAUAUCAAUACAGUUAUCUGAUAUACAAGUUAAGUUGUACCAGUACUACUUGGAGAACUUAGCUCAGGGUGGUCCUAAACGUCAGGGAUCUGGAUUAUUUGUGGACUAUGGUGCUUUAUCAAGAGUCUGGACCCAUCCCAAAGUUUUAGAGUUGGCAGUGAGAAGAGCUUUGCUUCAGGAUGAUGAUGAUGAUAUGGAGGAUUUCAUUUGUGAUGAUUCAACAAGUGAGGAAUCAUCAGAUGAUGAGAAAACUAAAAGAAAAGGAAAAAAAAAGAAAAAUAAAAGAGGCGAUGAUGAUGAUGAUGAUGAUGAUGAUGCAGAUGAAGUAAAUAAAGAGGAAGCAGGUGAACCAGGGCCAUUACCAGGGUUGACAGCAAGUGGAAAAGUCAGAGUCGACUGGUGGAAGAAGGUGCUGCUCGAUAACGAAGAAGAUUUUGAAGAGAAUGACUAUCUAGAUAGAAUAGAGCAUAGUGGAAAGCUUAUCUUAUUACUAGAUAUUCUAAGGGAGAGCUGUUCUAUUGGUGACAAAGUCUUGGUCUUCAGUCAGUCUUUGCUUGCAUUAGAUAUGAUUGAGGAUUUCUUACAAAUGAUUGAUCAGGGAGAAUUGGAACUCCCUGAAAUAGAAGAUCAAGAUGGUCAAGAGCCUUUACCUAUUCCUUUUAAAAAAUGGAAGAAAGAAAGGGAUUAUCUUCGCCUGGAUGGAUCGACCAAUGCUGAUGCUCGAAAGUUCAUGUGUAAAACAUUUAACAGUAAUACAAAUGAAAGGUGUCGUCUCUUUCUAAUCUCGACAAGAGCUGGUGGCCUUGGAAUCAAUUUAGUUGCUGCAAAUAGAGUCAUCAUCUUUGACUCUUCUUGGAAUCCCUCCCAUGACUCGCAGUCUAUAUUUAGAGUGUACAGAUUUGGACAGAAGAAGCCAUGCUAUGUGUAUAGAUUUGUUGCCCAGGGUACUAUGGAAGAAAAGAUCUAUUCAAGGCAAGUAACAAAAAUGUCUACCGCACUUCGAGUUGUUGAUGAGCAUCAAAUUAAGCGAUACUUCAAGAUGGCAGAUCUCCAGCAGCUUUAUGAAUUUACUCCUUCAGAUAAGGAUCAGAGAGAGACACCUGCAGUUCCUGAGGAUCGACUGUUGGCUGAACUUCUGAAACGUCAGAAAGACUGGAUAGUAAAUUACCAUGAACAUGAUUCUCUAUUAGAAAAUCAGACUAGUGAGGAAUUAACAGAAGAGGAGCGUAAGGCUGCAUGGGAGGAUUAUGAAAAUGAGAAGAAAGGUUUCUUAAUUCACCAGCGAAAUACUGUUAUGCCUGUUGUUGGAGCUUUGGCAAUGGCUACACAAGGCAUGCACACUCAGCAAGGUCUGCCAUCCCUUUCAUUGGCAUCCUUCAGCUUUGAGGGUGUUGUCAAUACAAUCAAGGCACAGAACCCACACCUUAGUCAGAAUGAACUCUGUGAAAGUGUUGUUCUUGCUACAAAGCAAAUCCAAAGAAUUCAUCUCAACCACUAUCAAAGAGUGCAAGGGAUGGUUUAUAAUCUCAAGAAUCCAAUGAUAGCUCCUGAACAACGCAAACAUCUUCCAUUUGGUAACCAUCCAGAAAUGCUUCCCAUGUUAGAGCAGCAACUUCGAUUGUUGGAAGAUAAUAUUCAGCGUGAAAAUCAAGUCAUCAAUCACAUGACUCAAAUUACCCCACAGAGGAAGGACAAUCAUGCCAGCAUGAUGUCAGCUGGAUUAGUACGAGGUCAGCCAGUAGCAGCAGAAAAAUCAAUUUCAACUGAUUAUGUGGAAAGAUCAAUGAUUACUGGAUCAACUUCUACUAAGGGACAUGCAGCUGCUUCAAGUUCAACACAGCAGCAAACUCCAGCCAGUAAGAAGGUUGGAACAGGUGACGUGAUAAUGAUUGACUGAGGUCCACUUCUGUAGCUCUUGCAGCAUCAUUGAAUUCCUGAGUGUGUACAAAGAUUUUUUUUCUAGUUUUAAGGAAUCUCAUGUCUUCAGCACUUAGAACCCUCGUACUGUUCAGUCCAUCCCUCCCCUUCACUCUUGAGUGUUAAUUGUUAAUUGUUUUUAUUUCUUAGUUUUGAUAUUUUUCAUAUUUCCCAUAUUGGGAUGCUUCUUGCAUAUUUGGAUAUUUUGAUUUACCUUUAUAGGGCUAGAUACGUAAGUUGCUAUCCUAAUAUAUAGUACAAGUGGUUUUUGGAAAUUUAUGUAUGUAGUUGCUAUCACUAGUAUUGUUCUAAAGGGAUGAGCUGCAUUUUGACUAGUCUGUUGCUAAGAGUGAAUGGACACUUAUCAAGAAAGAGAGGCAAAGUCCCUGGAAAAUCAAGAAAGAGAAGCAAAGUCCCUGGAAAAUUGUGCUAAUUAUGUUCAACAAGUAUGUCUUAUGGUGUAGUGGGAGACUUGUGGGAUUUAUGAAUAAAAGCCCCUUUUUUAUACUAGUAAGAACAUAAGCUUUAUUUUAAAAUGUAAAUUCUUCAUUGCUGCAGGUGUUUUUAGGUCCCAUCGAUAUUUGGUUUAUGGCAUAAAUUUGUAGAUCAUUUUUAAAGAAAAUCUGGUAUGGCAUUAUUAUUUGCUGUUCUUUUGUUCUUGAGGUUUUAAAAUGCAAAAUAAACAUUGACAAUGAAGAUGCAAGUUACGUCAAGGUUUACAUUGAGAAUUUGUUUGCAGUGUAACUUUGCAAAUGUGUGCAUGGAUUGUUCCCAAAAUGUUAGAACUUUAAUCCACUCUUCAACUUGCAACUUAUUAAUGGUAUAGCUACAGCUGGAACAAUGAAGUUUUAUAUGCAAAAGCAGAUCCAAGUAAAAUAUUGCUACUACAGAGAAUGGUACAGUGUAAACCUACUACAUCAGUUGUUGAAAAUUCAAUAUUGAAAUGCAGUGGAAUUAAAUACGUAAAAGUAAAUGAGUCUUACUUUCUGUGGCUUGUAUAAUAAUUCCUCUUCAUGUAUGAACUUUUCACUGAAGUAUCUCCAGAUGAAGAAGACAGGAGAGAAGCACAGAAAAACAAAAUUAUAAAUGGUUUUAUGCUUGUGUAGAUUUUUCUAUAUUUUCACACUUGUGUGACAAAAAAAAAACGAACAUGGGUUCUUGGUUACAUAUUUUUUUCACUUAUCAUUGUAAGAAAUAA